AUAUUUUACAAUCUCAACAAUUGGUACAAACCAUAGAAACCAAUUAAUUUAGAUAUUUAUAGAAUUGAUGAGAGUUUAUUUAUUAUAAUUUUAUAUUUAUGGAAGAUUAUCAAGAGUUCAUUUAUCAUGAUUAUCGCGUUAUAUUAAGAAACAAUCGAGACAUUCAUUGAAUCAAAUAUUCAUUAGACUAGAUGAACGUUUUAGAUUGGUUUGUGUGGUUUGUACUAAUGAUUGGGUUUGUAAACGAAACCACACUCUUUAUAUAUCAAUAUUUGUGUGUGCGUGCACUAGGGUGCGAUUGAUACGUGGAACACUAUGGGAACAAAAAGCACAUAUGGUGUGACAUUUAGACUGUGACAUGACAGAACUGACACCAAAAUAGGUGGAGCAGAAAUCAGGGAGAUGGGAGAAGAUUGAUAAAUUACUAAAGUACUUAUGUCAAAUUAAAACACUAAAACCUAACCUGUCCAGUCCUGUGUAUGUAUCAGUUGCACCCUAAUAAUUAAGUAAAGGUUUCUAUAUUGUGUUGUGACAUGCAUUUUAUAUCUUUGGAUAUCCAGGUUGCCUCAAGUAACCAGGCUAUGUUAUGGAAAGUGGUUUCUGCAGCAUAAAUCCUGUAAACAGAAAAUGCUUAUGAAAACCACGCGGCUGAUAAUUGAUAGGCAACUGAAGAGAAAAUUUUCUGCAAACAAGAAGAAGCAAAAAACAGAAUAUUCAUCCAGUUUGGGCGAUCAAGUGGGGUACAGAAAGAAGUUGAACAUACAAAAUGUUGAUGGCAUCGAAAAAGGAGAUGAGAAUUUGAUCUUUGGGUCAUGUCAGAAAGGUAGUUCAAGUAAUUGGCCAGUCAAAACUAACACGAAGUCAAAGACAAGACGUUCGUCCAUUUUAAGGAAAGAUAUCAGGGGUAGAAAGAAACGAAAAAUGGAAAAGGUGGUUAAAGUGGACGAAGUGGUUGAACCAAUGGAUCUAAUCUCAGAAUUGCCUGUAUCCAUUAUCCACCACAUUCUUUCUUUUCUCCGUUGCCCAAGAGAUGUUGCUCGAACCACUGUGUUAUCAAAGAAGUGGAGAUCAAUAUGUGCUUCAUUCUUCACUCUUGACUUUGACCAGAAAAGGUUCAAAAUGUUGGGAGGAGAUCAUAUGGAGAAAUUUAUAACUUUUGUUGACAACUCCUUUACAACCAAACUUGAGCCAAUGCAUAACAUACAGAAAUUCAAGCUUUCUUUGUCCCAACUAAGUCCCAAACUAAAACUACGCAUUAAUGAGUGGAUAAGUGCUUCUAUAAAUAAGGACGUCAAAGAACUUGAGAUUCAUGUGGAAGAGAAGAAAAAAAGACAUUAUAUGUUACCUAACAUUGUCCUUACUGCCAAAACACUAACUUCUUUGAAGUUGUAUGGUUGCAAGUUAGAUGGUAAAGGUGUCAUUGAUCUACGUAAUCUAAAGGAGCUGUCGAUAAAAAAUGCUUAUGUAAAUGCAGAUGUGAUUCAGGGUUUCGUUCAAGGCUGCCCUUUGGUUGAGGAUCUGAGACUAGUACACUGUACCGGGAUAGGUCGGCUGCAAAUUUCAACUCUUCAUAAGCUUAGUAGGGUUGAGUUACACGAGUGCCAUGGGCUUGUAUGUGUCCAUAUUGAGUUGCCUAGUCUUCUAAGAUUUUUAUAUUGGGGGAAGGAAUCAUGGGAAUGCAAUAUAAACUUGGCAGGUUGUGCAAAUCUGAAAUAUUUGACAUUGAGAGAUUCAAAUUUGACAGAUGAGUUGUUCCAAGAUCAGAUGUCUAAGCUUUUUUACCUUGAAAAGUUGGUUCUGAGAGGAUGUGACAAACUCGAGAGAAUAAUCAUAUUGAGCGUAAAUCUUAAGGAACUAUCUGUGAUCCGAUGCAAAAAACUUGAGGUGAUCAAUAUCUACGCACCAUACCUAUCUGUAUUAGAGUAUUCUGGAGGGAAGUUCCCCUUUUCGUCCAUGGAUGUUUUAGAUUUGCAUGAGGCAAAACUACAUUUAGAAGUUAGAAAAAACAGAUUUGUUGUUUUGCAUGAGCUGUUGGUCUUUCUUCAGAAGUUUGAGAACGAUGGAGCUUGGACGUUGGUUGUUAGUUCUAAUAAGAAUAUAACUAUCCAUGAAGAAUUACGGAAAAUCCAAAAUCUGUCAUCAAAUGAUCUCAAAUUAGAACUUAUCAAGUCCCCGGUGAAGUUGAAGGGUUAUGUUGACAAUUUACUUCGAAUGUCUCGACCAAAGACUUUGUCGUUGGUGUCAUCUUCCAGUAGUGAGUUACUAAAGUCUGUAAAGGAGAAGAUAAUGUCGAGAGAAGAGAAUCCGAAAUGUUGUACAUAUUACUUGAAGAAGUGCUGGCUUCAUUACAUUAAAGAUGUUACAAUGGUGGUGUUUGAAGCAGCGGAAAUUGGGGAGACGUCACAAAAUCUGCAGCAGACUACUUUCAGAUUUAACUGGCAAUCUUGAACCUGCACAACUAGCACAGGUUCUUCUUUCCAGCAAUCUCUUGGACUCAAUAUGGUAUGAAAUCCCUUAUUACGCACUUAAUUAUUUUAGUCUUGUGAUUCUCUAACAUUGUGUUCUCAAAUUUGGGAAGAAAAAGAAAGAGAGGGAAGGAAAUGAAUUUGUUUAUAUGUGUUCUUGAGAGGAAAUAAAGUAAAUUUUCAAGGAAAGAUGUCAUUUUUACAAAUAUACCCGUAUUUAUUUUACAACGGGUUGUAACUGAU